UUUCAACACCAACAACCAAAAUUUCUAUACAACCAUACAACUUCUGAUAAAACAUCAUAUCUCUAUUACACUAACCUAGAUAUGUCUGUGGUCUUGAAUAUUUCCUACUGUUCAUAAUACUUGUCUUGCUUGAUUCUAAAUCAACCCGAAUACCCUCAAGAUGGACUCCUUCCUGGGCAAGGUAAAAAGGCUGAUUUCCAUGUUUCGUAAGCACGUGCUGACUAUACUCGUUCAGAUCACUCAACAGGCCAUGACCUAUGCCAUCAGGUAUGUUCGAUUCUAGAAAAUCUCUCGAAAGUAUCAUCUAACACCACAGCAGGUCUGGAAUUGGUAUCACUGCUUCUUUUGCCAUCAGACAAACAUCGAGGCUGUUAAAGGUGGGAUUUCUUUCUUGGCCUCGAACCUGUUAAUAACAUAUGACUUGACUUACGAGAUUCUAGACCGUGGAUAAUAGUGGCGAUUAUCGUGAGCUUCACGAAUUACAACAAAGGCUUGAUAGCAAAAUUAGAGUAUGUCUACUUUUCCAUGAGAGUUGGCUUGAUGAUAUGAAGAAUUCCAAAUGCUAACCUAGCAUCUAUCAGAUCGUAUCACCCGCUAUUGAUAUGAUAGAACUGAUGUGAGUUUCAUCUUACUACUACACUGCUAUCCAAAUCUCAUUACUCGUAAUAUUCAGUUCCGCAAGAGGUAAUACAACCCUAGAGUCAGCUGUAACUCUAACCAAAUCACUUCGAUGGGAAAUCCAAUCUCUCGGUAUGAAAUUAGCAAAAGCUGCAAGUGCCGAAGAAUUCUCACGCCGGAAUAAAAAUCGAGUAAAAACACGAGCUUCCCACGAAGCCGAGAUUCGAGCUAUUGUUAGAGAUAUCAAGAAGCUUUUGACCAGGAUAGAAGAUGCAGUUCCACUUAUUAAUCUAGCCAUCACUACGUCCGGAGCAAACCUCUCGACAACACUUCCAGAAACUGUAUCACCAUCGAGGCUACUUCAAGCAAGUAACCUUCUUGCCCAGGGGGAUGCCAAAUACGGGGAGAAACCUAAUAUAUCUGUACAAAUUGGACCAACACUUACUCUCUCUUUGUAUAUGUUAUUCGCCGGACAUGCUUAUCGAGCUCAGGAUGAAGAAGGUAUGAGAGAGACUACUUGGAAAGAGGUCAUACAUAAAGCUAAAGUUAAGCUUUUACGUGUACCUCUCCGAUCUACAUACGGCUCAUCUGGACAGCUACAUCAUUCUAAUGAAGCCAAGGAUUACUUAACUGGAAAAGAUUCGUCCUUAAUUGCCGGCGAAGGCAAAGCAUCAGAAUAUGCAUAUCAGCUUGAAAUAAUUGAAGACUUCGAUGAUGAUCGUGUACACUCUUACGAGGAUGGAGAACCACAGCCGGGACCGUAUGGAGGUGUUAAAUUGGCAGGUAUUCGAGAACACUUGCCAAUUCAUCAAAUAUCCAAGAUCUUCUACGCAGACACUGGCAAAAUAUUAAAUAUUGGUAACCAGGAUGAGGCUAACAGUCCUGUGUUGCUCUUAAAGCGAGAUAUCAAUGCAAUGCCACCGAGGCGAAUGAUGGAGGGGCAUGAGGUACAGAGCGAGUGGUAUGACGAGGGCGGAGAUAUGCCAUCGGAGGAAGUAUCAGAACCGGAAGAAGAGGAGCCAAAGCAAGAGGAAGAGGAUGAAGAAGAUGACGACCUUGAUAUUGAUGAACAACUUCGACGAGAAAGCAUGGCUCCAGAGUCUCCAUCGGAGGAGGUUUUAGAAAUACCACAAGAAAACACAACAUGGCGGCUUCCCCAAAAUCUCGAUCCAGAAUGGCUUGCCCUAGAAGUAUAUACCGAAGCCGUAGACUCGGAAUCCGAAGAUGAGCUCGAGCCUGAACGAAAUGGAGAUUCUGCAUCCAUAUCCAGCAGACCAAAAACCUCAGGAGAGCACCUGUCUACCAACGAUCUAACCACUGAUCUGUCGAACCUCAAAAUAUCGUCACCAGCCCCAGCUACUCCAUCUUCUCAAGCCCAUCUUCCAUCACAUCCCACAUCUCCCAUGCCCGUCUCCUCCAGCCCCUCCAAACCUCGCUCCAAACCCCAAAACAAAGGCCUCCAGAUCCCAAUCCAAACCCGCUCAUCCCUUUCCCUCCUCGAAAUGCUCAUCCGCCUUACCUCGCUCCAACAAUUCCAACAAUCCACUCACUUAGCCGUCCCCGAUGAAUUCCUGACAUUCUUCCUUCAUGAAUCAUCUACGACCGGCGCAGGCGGUGAUGCAUCAGAACGUAAGCGAACAAGAAUGAUGGCGAGAAAGAAGGUGGGCUUUGAUCCUUAUGAUGAGAGUCCAGUGAAGAGACAUGGAGAGAGUUAUCAAUAUGGCGAAGAUGAAGGGCAUGACAGACACGAAAGGGAAGGAACGCCAUGGGAUGAGGACGUACCAUCAAAUCCGCGUGGGAUACGAGAACGUAGUUCAACACCUCAGAGAUCAUUGGCAUCACCGGCUAGAUUUGGAAGUGAUAUAAGACAAAGCAGAGAAACAUCUUCUCCGACACCAUCAUCACCUAUCUCACCGUAUAAACCGAAAUCGCAACCAUAUUUCCAACAAAGACAGGGAUUUGGUUAUCGGGGAAGAGAUGCUAGGGUGGAUGAGAAAUCUAACGGUGGUCCUUUAGAUAAGGUACACAGGGAUAGAGGUGAGGGAAGAGCAAGUCCAUUGAGGAGAGGAGGAAGCGUGGAGACGGAAAAAAGCCUAGGGAUGAGUGCAGGAAGUCCGGAAUUGGUUGUCAGUAAACAUGAGAGCGGGGAAUAAUUUUAUGAAUGAGGACUAGGAAUUAACGACGUGAGAAAUUGAGUUGGGGGCGUUGUGUUGCAUGUUGAAUAUUGCAUUUCACAUAUCACAUAUCACAAAUCACAUAUCAUAGCAUAGCAUAGCAUAGCGAAGGACAAAACGAAAAUAACGAGUAAAUGAGCAAUGAAAAU